AUCCUUUUAAUCAUUUCUUGAAUUAUUUUUGAUAUCUUUCCAUUGAUUUUAGGGGCUCAAGAUCAACUUUUUAGCAUAUUUCCAGGUGGUUUUAAUAGUUUCUUUAUAGAGAUAUGUAAUUCUAGUAGCUUGUUAUUGUUGCUGUGGUUAUCUGGGGUUGGUGUGUUUGUUGGAUGGAAGGAGAACGAAAGUGAAAGAGACCCUUGUUUAAGAAAAGGCUGAGAUUGGUUGCCUUAGAUCCAGGAAACUCAAUUUGUGUGUGGCAAAAAGUUUACCUUUUUAGGGUUUCCCUGUGAUUAUCUGGGUUUGUUUGUGCUUUAUCCUAGGUUCUUUCUCAUGACACCUUUUGCUUUCUCUUCUUUGAGUUUAUUAUAGAUAAAGCCUUGAAUUUGGUGUUUCCAUACGUGCUUUUUAUGUGUUAAAAGGGUAGGUGGUGUGGAUAAGAUUUAAUUGCCUUGAUUGGUUCUUUCUCAAAAGGUGAAGAAUUUGAUAAGAUGUGGACUAUUUGAGGAACUCAGUUUAUUUGUGACCUGACUUGAAUUUCAUUAAUUACAAGGGUUGAUCCGUUGUGCUCCUUUACCAGAUCUGAUUAUCCUAUGUUCAUUCUGCUUGCGUUUAACUCGUGCCCCUCUUAAAGUUUUAAUCUUGGUGGUUUACUAUUUGUUUGCUCUAUAUAUUUGUAUGAAAAGAUUUGUGGGUCAUUGAGAUUCAUUGCAAUGGAGAAGGUGUGGAUAGAACCUGCUGGCUUGAUCGCAAGUUUGUUGCUGGAAGGAGAUAAUUAAGAUGAAUAUUGGUAAAUUGUGUCAAUAUUUUAGAGAUUUGAGUGGUAACUGUUUGCGGCAUAGAGUGGGGAAUUGAUGGAAGAGAUGUCUCCAGCAGUUGCAGUAACACUUAGUUUAGCUAAUUCUAUGUGUGAGAACUCUGGAAUUGCAACCCAUGUGGAAAUAACUCGGAUCAAGCUCGUAACUGAUGCAGCAAACUUGUUGUCUGAUCCUGCAAAGGUCAUGUCUCAGGAAUCUGUUUCUAGUAGCAAUGGAGAUUCUGGAGUCGGUAAGAAUGAAGGUAACCUGGCGACAAUGUCAGCAUCAGAAGAGGGUGGUGGGGAAGGAGCUAAUUUCUUGAAGAUAUUACCAGAGAAUGGAAAUCGAUCAAUUGGUGCUAGUGAAUCCAUGACUCAGGAAAGUGAGGAAGAUGAAAUUUUGUCAGUGGACGCUAAUGGAAUUAUCAAUGAGGGGUUGCUGGUUUUAAAUGCAGGGUCUGAUAUAAGCUUGCCAAAUGCAGAAAUUGAAAGUGGUCGAAUUCUUGCCAAGGCUAUUAUUUUGGGAGAGUCAAGCAUUGAGCAGGUGCCUACAGCUGAAGUUCUUCUCACCACGGUGAAUCCAGAUACAAAGACUUCUAAUGAGUUUGAUUUAAAGGCCUCUGAAUUGGUCAUUCAGCUACCUAGUGAAAAGAAUCUCAAUAGAGGUAGCCGGAGUGUUUUUGAGUUGGAUUGUAUACCUCUUUGGGGUUCUGUGUCUAUUGUUGGGAAAAGAACAGAAAUGGAGGAUGCUGUUGCAGCUGUGCCUCGGUUUAUAAAGAUUCCUAUCAAAAUGCUUAUUGGUGAUCGUGUAAUUGAUGGAAUCAGUCAAAGUCUGACAGACCUUACUGGACAUUUUUUUGGUGUUUAUGAUGGCCAUGGUGGCUCCCAGGUGGCAAACUAUUGUCGUGACCGUAUUCAUGUGGCUUUAGCUGAAGAGAUUGGAAGCAUUAAAGACAAUUUAUGUGAUGGCACUAGUAUGGAGAGUAGACAGGUGCGGUGGGAGAAGACCUUUACUAGUUGCUUUUUAAAGGUUGAUGAUGAAAUUGGAGGAAAUGUUAACAGAGGCAUGAUUGGAGGUGAUGAAGAUGCAUCUGAUGCCAGUUUUGAGCCUGUUGCCCCUGAAACUGUUGGGUCAACAGCUGUGGUGGCCUUGGUUUGUUCAUCACAUAUUGUUGUUGCAAACUGUGGUGAUUCAAGAGCUGUCUUAUGCCGUGGCAAAGAAGCCAUGGCAUUAUCAAUUGAUCACAAACCAAACAGAGAUGAUGAGUAUGCAAGGAUUGAGGCAUCCGGAGGCAAGGUUAUUCAGUGGAAAGGACACCGUGUAUUUGGCGUUCUUGCAAUGUCAAGGUCCAUUGGUGAUAGAUAUUUGAAACCAUGGAUUAUCCCAGAACCAGAAGUUAUGUUUAUUCCUCGAGCUAGAGAAGAUGAAUGUCUGAUUUUGGCCAGUGAUGGGUUGUGGGAUGUCAUAUCAAAUGAGGAAGCUUGUGAGGUGGCUCGACGGCGAAUUCUGCUUUGGCACAAAAAGAAUGGGGUUCCAUCUCUCGUGGAAAGAGGCAAAGGAAUUGAUCCUGCCGCGCAAGCAGCAGCUGAAUACCUUUCAAUGCUCGCCGUCCAAAAAGGGAGCAGUGACAACAUCUCUGUAAUUGUUGUGGACUUGAAAGCUCAAAGGAAGUUCAAGAGCAAACCGUAAUCAAGGCUCACCCCAUCAUCUAAAAUCAAAGUCUAUAUACCUAACAUAUUAGAGAGAGUACAUCUAAUGAAUACCUAGCUCCGGUCCAUUACUUUUUCUUAUGGGCUUAAUGUGUGUACAAGAAUAGAAAUUAGUAUGUACUAUAGCAAAUGUAUUUGAAUGCCAUAUUGCCUAUGUUUUUGGUAUAGAUGGUGCCAAUCUUUUAUGCUUA